AUGGACUCCGUGCUAGAACUCAGAAUUGAUCAGUGGCUUGCGUCCGUUGAUAUUCCAGCCCAGAACCAUUCAGCAGAUCAACCUCCGCUUAAGAAGCGCAAACGCUAUCAUCAAAACAACCAGCUCCUUUCACCUGAACAAUCCACCAAGAACUCCAAUCUUUACGAGCGCGCAUCUGCUAUUCCUGCUCCCUACAUGGCUCCCGAAACACCCGGGAAACGAAAAGCUGAUGACAACAAUGACGUAACACCGCGCGCGCCUCAAUUGGCAAGGAGCCAGAGCUCCAUCUUUGAAGGCGUCCCAGAUUUCUCGUCCCGGAGCGGGACCGGGACUUCUACCAGUAAAGGAUCUGGUCGAUCCUCUCCCAUCAAACAGACAUUUCCUGUAGUUGGGUUAGGCGGUCAUGUCCUUCAUUCGCGGACUUUGAAUCCGAGUGCAGUUGAUAUGCCUGAUGAAUUGUACAAACUAUAUGUUGACAUACAAAAAAUUAACAUGGGCCAGAAAUUCUUGCCUCAAAGCUGGGAGGCUGGAAUCAACGAGCGAUCAAAAACAAUUGAUCGAACACUGCAAAUGCUCGAACCCAGCGUUGCUUACAUCCUGCCCCCAACUACAGGCUUUACUGUUGACGAUGACGAUGAGAUGCCGCUGUCCUCAGUCUUUGCCAUCGUCGACGACAUUAUCGAGGAGGCACAACGCUGCCAGAAUGAUCCAUUUGAUGAAACAGGCUGGAAUCAUCUCGUGCACACACCGCUUAUCAAAGCGGUCAUAAAGCAAAAAUGCUGGCCAGGAAGUUCAAUACUGAAAAUGUCACCUUGCAUGACCGCCUCGGUGACAGCACGCUACCACAAAUUCCCGCUGCCCUCGACAAAGGUGGAUUACGUCCUUCACAUCGACCCACCAGCCUCAACAGAGGUAGACGCAGCGACUCGUCGCCUUCAAGCCGCCACGUUGGAGAAGUCUGUCAAUCACACUUCGUUCGAUCCCCUCCGUACAUCGCCGAUUUGUCUCAGUAUAGAGACGAAGAAGUACGGCGGUGAUGUGAAGAAGGGAGAUGUACAGAUGGCUUCAUGGCAGGCUGCGCAGUGGACGUGUCUAGCUAAUCAAGCAGGCGAUAGUAUCGAGAAGCUGCCUUUCUUGCCUGGAAUUAUAGUGCAGGGUCAUCAUUGGUCGUUUGUUGCGACAACGAGACGAGGGGAUGAGACUACUCUUUGGGCUAGUACCCCAAUUGGUACGACCAUGACGUCUCUUGGCGUGUUGCAGAUCAUGGCAGGCCUAAGUCGAUUGAGGAGAUGGGCUGUCGAGGACUUUUGGCCCUGGUACAAAGAUAAUGUUCUCAAAGAAACGCAAAUGGUCUAA